UUUCAGGACCCUCUCGCCAGCUAUGAUGUCAAUGGGAACGACCACGACCCGACUCCACGCUAUGACGCCAGCAACGAGAACAAGUACGGGUUUCUCUCUGCAGGGCAUGGCACUCGCUGCGCAGGGGAGGUGGCAGCAGCGGCGAACAACUCCUAUUGCAUCGUGGGCAUUGCCUACAACGCACGCAUUGGAGGCAUUCGUAUGUUAGAUGGCGAUGUAACAGAUGUUGUUGAAGCGAAGUCGCUUGGCAUCAGACCCGAUUACAUUGACAUUUACAGCGCGAGCUGGGGGCCAGAUGAUGAUGGGAAGACAGUUGAUGGACCUGGUCUAUUGGCCAAACAGGCUUUUGAGCAUGGCAUUAAAAAGGGUCGCAGAGGUCUGGGGUCCAUUUUUGUCUGGGCGUCAGGGAACGGCGGCAGAGAAGGUGACUACUGCUCCUGUGAUGGCUACACCAACAGCAUCUACACCAUCUCCAUCAGCAGCACCACUGAGAAUGGCUACAAGCCCUGGUAUCUGGAGGAGUGUGCCUCCACUCUCGCCACCACCUACAGCAGCGGCGCUUUCUAUGAGCGGAAGAUUGUCACCACAGAUCUGCGGCACCGCUGCACUGAUGGCCACACUGGCACCUCUGUGUCUGCCCCCAUGGUUGCAGGUAUCAUCGCCUUGGCUUUGGAGGCAAACCCCCUGCUCACCUGGAGGGAUGUCCAGCAUCUGCUGGUCAAAACCUCACGGCCAGUGCACCUGCGAGCAGCUGACUGGAAGACUAAUGGUGCAGGGUACAAAGUUAGCCAUCUGUAUGGCUUUGGACUGGUGGAUGCGGAUGCUAUUGUGGUGGAAGCCAAGAAGUGGAAGGCUGUCCCUCCCCAGCAUGUCUGCGUGGGAAGCCUGGACAGGGUGGCCAAGUACAUCCGUGCAGACCAGGUGCUGCGCACCAGCACCCUCAGCAGCGCCUGCGCUGAGCGCCGCGACCAGCAGGUGCUCUACUUGGAGCACGUCGUGGUGAGGCUCAGCAUCUCGCACCCGCGCCGGGGGGACCUCCAGAUCAGCCUCAUCUCUCCCGCGGGGACCAGGUCGCAGCUCCUUGCCAGGAGGGUGUUUGACCACUCCAACAAGGGGUUCCAGGGCUGGGAGUUCAUGACUGUCCACUGCUGGGGGGAACGAGCGGCGGGGGAGUGGACCCUGGAGAUCCAUGACACACCGUCCCAAGUGCGCAACCCCACGGUGCAAGGGAAGCUGAAGGAGUGGAGCCUUCUCUUCUAUGGGACAGCUGAACACCCCUACACCACGCUGGAAGGUUCCCAGUCCCAUGGGAGGAUGCUGGAGGUGCCAGCAUCAGAGAUGAAGCCAUCAAGAGCUGCCUUCCUGCAGAGUCAGGUGGAGGUGGUGGAGGAGGAAGAGGAGUACACAGGUCCAUGCCACCCCGAGUGCGGUGACCAGGGCUGUGACGGCCCCAGUGCUGACCAGUGCUUGAACUGCAUCCACUACAGCCUGGGCAACAUGAAAACAGGCAGGCUGUGUGUCAGCUCGUGCCCCGUGGGGUUCUUCGGUGACAGAGGUGCCCGGAGGUGCCGCCGGUGCCACAAGGGCUGCGAGCGCUGUGUCGGGAGGGGACCCACACAGUGCACGGCCUGCAGGAGGAGCCUCUACCACCACCAGCAGACGAGCACCUGCGUGGGGCUGUGUCCGCCUGGGUUCUACGCCGAGGAACGUCAGAAACGCUGUCUGAAAUGUCAUCCAAGCUGCAAAAAAUGCGUGGGCGAAGCAGACAGAUGCACUGCUUGCAAAGAUGGAUUCAGCCUGGUGGGAGAGAGCUGUGUGCCAGAGUGCCAGCCUGCCAUGUACCUCAGCCGGGAGCCCCACCGGUGCGAGCCCUGCCCUGCCAGCACAGGCAAGGAGGACUGCACACCCUGCACCCCCGAGAGCCUCACACCACACUGGCACUGUGUCCCUACCUGCCGUGAGGGCUUCUACCCUGCUGACAGCCAUGGGCUGCCGAACAAAGUCUGCAAGAGGUGUGAUGACCACUGCUCAGCCUGUGAGGGCUCCAGUGGAAACUGCCUCAAGUGUAAAGAAGGUUUUAGCCUCCUUGGUGGCUCCUGUGUGACAAAUGAAACCUGCACCAAUGCUGACAAGAUGUUCUGUGAGAUGGUGAAAUCAAACAAGCUCUGUGAAAAGAAGCUGUUUGUACAGUUCUGCUGUCAGACAUGUCUCAUGGCCGGGUAAUGUUCAGCCUCCGCAUCCAUCGAGGACUUCCAACUGCCAGCCCAGUUUUGCCAGGUGUUUGGGACGGAAGUGUAUCUUUUCAGCUUUGGGAGGGUUUGCAUGGUGCCGUUGAGCAUCGGCUCCUGAGUUUGAUAGCUUUAAUAUCACCGUCGGCGUGUCUCUAGAGCAAUAUGUUAAGCAGAGGUUGGAUGGGACCCUGAGCCAUCGAGUCCUGAAAGGCAGCAGACAGGGUGAUAUUAAUACUCUCAAACACUCCCUGUGAGCAGGGACCAAGGCGCGAUCCACGUACACACGCUUGGUUCGUUGCAGAAUUCCUACUGAUCUGCCUGCUCCAAGGGGCUGGCAGGAGCCCUUGCUGCAAAGGAUGCAGGACUUGGCACUCCUGCGAUGCAAGAGCCGUUCCUGGCUCGGUUCCCAGUACUCUUUCCUGCUGGAUGAUGGCUGAUACGAACUGGCACUGCUGCGGCCAGUGCCGUGCUCUGUACGUAGGUGAGACGAUGAACUGGAUGGUUCUUGGAGCAGAGCCCUGCAGCCUGCUCUGGCACUCCUGUUCGGAUUCGGUCCCUAGCUGUUUCUCUCUGGCCGUGGCAAUAAGUGGAGAUUUAAGGACCAAAGCAAGAGCUGAUCCCCGUGGCUCUGAGCUGUCAGCCCAGCCAGUCUGCAGGGCUUUUGCGGGCAGGCAAAACCUUUGUGCCUACAAUGCGUCUUAGGAACUCAGGGAGGGGAUUCAUCCACAUGGACCAGUCUGUGGGAUCACACUUACCAUGAAUUUCCUUCCUGGAACUACUAGUAAGUUGCUGAUUAACUGGAAUGAGCUAGAUCCUUCCUCUAAACAAAAUGGUGCCCCAGUUAAUCUCUCCUGGCAUUUUGCAUUGUGGUCCUUCCCCUGUUUUGUGGGCAUACCCUUCUCUCUCACAAAGUUCUCUGCUCAUGGCAGUCAUUUUUCUUGGGCAUCUGUUUCCAAAAGAGAUAUUCCAAGAAUCUGUCCAGAAAACUCUUUAAUUCUACACAACCCUUCCCCCAAAAAAACCUUUUCAUGCUCUGUCUUAAUAGUAAGUCACGUGGUGUUUAUAUAAUUGUGUUUAAAAUAUCCUUGGCUAUGUUGUUUUGCAGAUUUUUUUUUUUAAUAACUUAUGCAAUCUUUGUUUUGGUUUUGGUUUGUUUUUUUCUCUGUGGACUAUUUUUCAUAUGGGAGUGGGGAAUCUUUUUUUGUCUUGCAUCUUCCUUUUCUCCCCUCUGACCUUGCAGAGCUGCUCUUUGCACCAGACAUAUGUAAACACUCUUUCCUGUGCUGCAUGUUCUGAUUUUCAUUGUUAAUAGUUUCAACAAGUUAAACUUUUUGCCAGUGAAAUUCAGAGUAGGGAUUGUCACCAGCUCCUGGUGGAGCUGGGAUAAUGCCUGCUUGGUUUCAGCUGCAACCUCCUGCGCCCUGCCUGGGCUUGCCAGCUUAGAGCUUACCUCAGCCAGGUGGAGAGGGGAGAGCCUUACCACCACCAGUGCUCACCUGCCUGGACCAAACCUAAGGAAAGAUGGAGCUUUGGUGAACUGACCUUGAAGUUAAUAAACUAUUGAUC